AUGAGGACAGGUCGUCUUUGGAUGUAUAAUAAACAAUCAAAUAAUCAUCUUAGAUACACAGAUGAAUUUUUGAAUGGUCUACAAGAGUUUGUGUCAUUUGCUACUAGCAAAUCUUCUUACAUGGAUGGUGAUAAGAUUCGGUGUCCUUGCGUUAAGUGUUGUGUUAAAAAAUUUAUUUCUAGUGAUUUGUGUCAAUCUCACUUAAUCAAGUUUGGAUUUAUGAGCGACUAUUAUACGUGGACGGCCAAUGGAGAGCCAAUGCAAACUUUAAAUGUCUUUCAAUAUCCAAGGAAAAGGCCAAGUCUAGGGAUUAAUGAAUGGAGACAACAAACUGAAAGUUCAAAUGUAUACGAGUCAAUGGUAUUUGAUAUUGCAUCUAGUUUUCAUCCUAAUGUGCCACAUCAUGAAGGUUCUACUUCUAGUAAAAGUGACAUACAUAUUUUAUCAGAAAAAUUUUGGAAAGCAUUGAAUGCGGCACAUCAACCGACUUGGCCAGGUAAUUCUACUGAGACUAAAUUAUCAGCAACAAUUAAACUUCUUAAUAUAAAAUCCGAGAAAAAUUGGUCAGAGAGAGGUGUCAAUCAAAAUCUUGACUACAUUAAAUCUUUGUUACCGAAAGAUAAUGUUUUACCUGAUAAUUUUUAUACCAUGAAGAAGUUGGUGGAAGAUUUGGGAUUGCCUGUUACUAGGAUCGAUAUUUGUAAAGAUGGUUGCAUGUUGUUUUGGAGGGCUGAUAGUGAAUUAGAAUCUUGCAAAUUUUGCAACUUUCCAAGAUAUAAGGAAAACUCUAAUCAACGAACACCACACAAACAACUUUUUUAUUUACCACUGGCUCUAAGAUUGCAAAGACUUUAUGCAUUAAACGUGAUAGCUGCUCACAUGACAUGGCAUUCUCGUCAUGUUACCCAAGAUGGGAUGAUGUGUCAUCCUUCUGAUGGAGAGGCAUGGAAGACAUUUGACAACUAUUACCCAGAGUUUGUUAAGGAGGAUCACAAUAUCCGCUUGGGUCUUUGUUCUGAUGGAUUUGCCCCAUUUGGACAAUUUGGAAAGUCAUAUUCGUGUUGGCCCGUCAUUAUAACACCUUAUAAUCUCCCACCUGGAAUGUGCAUGAAGACACCCUACAUGUUCAUGUCAUUAAUUAUUCCUGGUCCAAAGAGUCCUCAGAAAAAUAUUGAUGUCUACCUUCAACCGUUAAUUGUUGAAUUAAAAAUGUUGUGGAAUGAUGGUGUGCCUACUUAUGAUGUAUCUCGAGGUGACACAUUCAAUUUGAGGGCAAUGGUGUUGUGGACUGUUAGUGAUUUCUCAGCUUAUGGUAUGUUGUCUGGAUGGAGUACUCAUGGAAAAAACGAGUGUCCAAUUUGUAUGAAAAAUUCGAAAUCAUUCCGCUUGAAAUAUGGUAAGAAGGCUUGCUAUUUUGAUUCGCAUAGACAAUUUUUGUCACAAAAUCAUCCAUACAGAUUUGAUACAGAACAUUUUACCAAAAUAGAGUGGAAAUGA